UACAACUGCAUGUAGCAGUCGUCGUUUUGCCAUUUGGAGAGAUUGUUCGGUCACCGGCAUAAUAUUAUAAGCGUUGGAUCUAAAUAAACACAACUAAAUUAAAAAAAAAAAAACAAAAACAUUUAAAGCAUUAGAAGUAAAUUUGAACAUAUCAAUCGUACGAGCUGUACUACAGAUUUGUAAUGCUAAAUAAAAUUCGCUGAAAUUACGGAGUCAAUUACACCAAAAUGUGUAUAUCACAGUCUGAAAUAUCUUCGAUGCCCAUUGCAUUAACAACGACAUCUAUGGAAAAAAUACACCAUCAACGCUUUCUCUUAUCGGCACUUAUAUUGGAGCUACUUACUGCGGUUGCAUUGUUAUUGCAGCUGCAAUUGGUUUCAGCGGGCUCAUGUCGUGAAGCGCAACUUUGUUGCGCUGGGCGUGACUCCUCUUGUGUAGUUCAAAAAACUCCGAUUAACGCCAUUAUUGAAGACCUCAACGACAAACCAUGCUAUUGUGAUCACGCGUGUCUGAAGCUAGGUGACUGCUGUGGUGACUUCAAGGAUCAUUGUGGAGUGAUCGAUUGUCAGGUGGGUGAUUGGACCCCAUGGAGCGAAUGCGAUGAGAGCUGCGGCACGGGAAUCACAUUACGAACGCGAAACAUGACGCAAGCACCGCAAAAUGGCGGAAAGCAUUGUCCAACGUUGACACAAAAACGAAGCUGUCAAGGUUUUCGAUGCCAUGGCGAGCGGGGAAAACGCAUUCUUCACGAAACGGCAUUCAUACUUCCUUCUUCGCUGGCGCAAAUGCAGCAUAGCUUCAAUAAAAGCAAGGAAACUCUUUGGCAUAAGCAUGAUCCCAAACGGCACAAUACAAAUGAGUACGUAUAUUGCAUUGAGUUUGAAGUAAUUAAAGCGGCUAAGGAAUGCCACAAGUUGGCACCCUACAAUCUACUUAUGGAAGGCGAUCGGAUAGCAGUUCAUUGUAACAAGCGAGGAACUUACCAUAAAUUGAAUUUACGGAACGACAAAAUGAAUUCAACUCCAAAUAACGAAGACAACCAGAAAAAUUGGCCAGAAUAUCAAUUAGACAGUAAUGCUUUUGAAGGAGAUGAACCGAGUUCAGCAACAGUUAGCAUUGGCAUGAAUACCGUAUCCGUUACGACACCUCUGGCUUUGCGACGCCCCAUAGUUCAUGCUAAUGAUGGGCAAAUUUCGGACAAUGCCCGUUGUCGAGGCGAAGGCGUGCCGGGAAGAACUACACGAUGGCGAGCACUGGCGGCACCGUCAUGUCGCGGCAAGUGGUUGCGUCUUACUUUAGGAACGCCCAAAAAAUGUCCACACUCCAAAUUUGUAUUCGUUUAAUAAAAUCGACAGACGAGUUUUGAAAACAACUCGUUUUAGUAGGAAUUUCAUAUAAAUCAAACGAA